CGACAACAAGGAAGAGAGAAAGGCGUGACACACAAAGAAAAAUGCGAGAUAAGGUUGUUUUGGUUGAGGCCGUCCUUUUUGCGGAUCACAGGCUCAGUUGUUUGUUCCCUGGUUAUUUCCCGCUUGGCUGGGCCCAGCAGGAUGGGCCUGUGGAGGUCCGCGGGCAUGAGGGGUUAUUACUGCUGAUGGCACGGUAGAGGGCUGUAAUGGGGCCCUGCCCGGGUCACGUGGUCCGCGUGGUCGACUGGACACAGCUCGCCGGACGCAGCGAGCGUUCGUCUGGCCCCUCCAUUACCAACCUGAGCCGCGACGGUGGAGGCUGCGUUUUGGGGGGCGUGGCAGCGUGGCGGGGUCUAAGGAAUGGAUGUCUUUUAGGAGGAGUGGGAUAAGGGAUGAGGAGGACAUGGACGGUUUCCUGUGGAGACGGGUGUGAUUGCAGUUUGGCGGGUGUCAUUUCCUUUGGCUGCUAGAAAAGCACUCUGCGUCGCAGGGGUGCCCGGCCGGGAAGGACCUGCUGGGCGGAGUCUGAACCAUGUCCAUAGGCCGGAGAACAACCCAGAUGAUCACAGAACAAGCCUGCGUCCCAUCGUAGGGUCAUGUAGCCCCCGACUGGCCGCCCUCCCCCCCACCCCGGCCCCCGAGUGAGCUUUGCCUCCAAAACACCACGUUUGAUUUGAUUGGCUGCUUCUAACCCAACCGACCAAUGGAGAAGACGGAGGAAGACCUGAACCUGUGCUUCCUGCUGGAGGACGAGAGGAACAUGAUCCUGAGGGUGUUGCAGAAGGACGAGAAGUUGAGGAAACAAGAGGAGAAGAGGAUACGGAGGUUGAAGAAUGAGUUGAUGGAGAUCAAAAUGCGGGGUUCCCGCCCCCCCCAGGAGGCAGGGGGGGAGCGGGAGUGCGCCCGCUGCCUGCGGACCCUGGGCCUCAUCUUCGACCGGGGGGACCUCUGUGAGGACUGCCAACUGCGCGUCUGCAACCAGUGUCGGGUCACGUCUCCCAAAGGCCGUCAGUGGAAGUGCAACGUCUGUGCCAAGAUCAUGGAGCUGAAGGUGGUGACCGGGGAAUGGUUCCACGAGGAGAGAUCCAAGCGCUUUGAGCGGCGCACGGUGCUCGGCGAUAUGAUCAAACAGACCAUCCUGAGCAGCCCCUCCGCCACAAAGGACAAGUCUCCAGAGAGAGUCGCCACCCAAGAGAACCAGGUUCCCAUUCAGCCUGAGAGGUCCAAGACCCCCAAGUCCGCCAAAAGCUCCAUACACUCCCUCCUGGAUGGCGCCAAGAGAAAAGGGUUGAGGCUGGACAAGAAAAAGCAUGGAAACAAAGUGAAAGCGGGGAGUCUUCAUUCGCUGCUUGACGAGGACGUUCACAGUGUGCAGAGUGUACAGUCUGACCCCGCCCCGCGCUCACGCAGGGGCAGCAGCCUGGCCCUGGAGCACUCGGGGAGGGCGGUGGUGCCCAACAACCUGCGCCCCGUCACCCCCUCGGACCAGUCGUCUCUACCCGGAGACAGCCACAGAUUCAGGCCGGAUGGUGCUGAAAGCGUUGCCAGUUUCCAGUCCGCUGACAAUGUGUUGGAGAAGCUCCCCAUUGGCCAUCCAAGGGGCGAGUCGGCCCCGCCCACCAUCGCUGUGUCGCGGGCCUCCGGCUCUUCCGACCAUAGUCGCUCAGAGCUGGACCUGUCAGUUCCUGGAUUGGAAGCCAGCGAUGACGGCUUCAGCCUCCAAAGCCGCUCCAUCCCUGGCCUCAACGGAUCGGAGUUUUCGGACGACGCUGAGGAGGAAGACAUUGAUGUGUUGGUGUCUGCAGGCAAAGGGGUCAGCCGACGCCUCAGCAACGCAGUGUCCACGUCCUCCACCCCUUGCUCAGAGAGGAGGUGGGGCUACCUCAAUGUCCCUGACUCAGACGCCGAGACUAGCAGCAUAAACAGCAUGAUGAGCAUGUACAGUGAGACCGGUGACUAUGGUAACGCCCGGGUGAGUGGGGAGAUACUGUUGAAGAUCAGCUACAGCUUCAAGACCGGCGCUCUCAACGUGCUGGUGAAAGAGUGCCAGAACCUCGCCACCGGGGACGAGAAGAGGCAGCGCACGGACGCGUACGUCAAGACCUACCUGCUGCCGGACAAGUCCCGCCAGAGCAAGAGGAAGACGGGCAUCAAGUCCAACUCCACCAACCCAGUGUUCAACGAGAACCUGAGGUACACCAUCAGCCACUCCCAGCUGGAGACGCGCACACUGCAGCUGUCUGUGUGGCACCACGACCGCUUCAGACACAACAGCUUCCUGGGAGAGGUGGAGCUCACCUUCGACUCCUGGGAGUUUGACUCCAAUAUAGAGGAGUGGUACGCGCUGCAGCCCAAGGUGGACAACAGUAUUGACUCCUCGAUGCAGUACAAAGGAGAACUCACUGUGGUUCUGAAGUACAUCCCAGCUGAGAAGAACCUCACUCUCCCUCUGGACCAGGUUCAAGUGAACAAGAAGAGCUUCUUGAAAGGCAACAAGACCAGUCGCUUCAUGCUUCCCAAAGGGGGCAUGGUGGAGCUUCUGGUCAAGGAAGCAAAGAACCUCACGGCCGUCAAGUCUGGGGGCACCUCGGACCCCUUCGUCAAGGGAUACCUCCUGCCGGACAGCAACAAGUCCACCAAGCACAAGACGGCGGUGGAGCGGCGCACGGUGAGCCCGCGCUGGAACCACACCUUCACCUACUGCGGCCUGCAGCCCGGCGACCUGGAGAACGUGUGUCUGGAGCUCACCGUCUGGGACAAGGAGGCCCUGGCCAGCAACGUCUUCCUGGGAGGAGUCCGGCUGGGGGCCGGCACUGGCCUCAGCUACGGGAACGAGGUGGACUGGAUGGACUCCUCGGGAGAGGAGCAGCAGCUGUGGCAGCGCAUGAUGGAGAACCCGGAGAUCCCCCAGGAGUGCACUCUGAUGCUGCGCUCUAGCAUGGGGCGCCACCACGACACGUGAGGGAGGAGGGGGAGGGAGGGGGAGGGGGGGGAGAGAGAGGGAGGGAGGGGGGGGGGACAAGGGAUGAGAGGGAUAAUCACCACAGUCUCUCUCUAGGGAGAGAGAAAGGGGGGGGGGGGUGAUUGAGAGAGGGAUGGGGGAUGAUGGAGAGGGAGAGGAGGGGUGAGAGAGAGAGAGAGGCGGUGAGAUAGGGAGACAGACUGAGAGAGUGGGGGUGAGAGAAAGACUAAGAGCUGCUGGAUGAGGGAGAGUGGGGUGAGAGAACGAGGGGGAUGGGGAGAGAAGGAUAGAAAAGUGGUGUGAAUUUGGGACGAGAGAGAAGGGAGAGAGAGAGAGAGAGAGAGAGAGAGAGAGAGAGAGAGAGAAGGCCAACAGAAGGCCAUGUAAACAAUCAUUGACUCAAAGAUGAAGCAUCAACAACAACAACAACCACCACGACCACCACCAACCAAAUGAGACUGCUGCAGAGCGUUGCUCUCUCGACGACAUCACCGCCGCCCCCCACCACCGCCACCUCCUUCCUGUUGCCCCAUCUGCCUCCCAGUACCCCUGGCAGCACAUCUCCAACCACCACAGUCAUGCCUUACACCCCCUGAGACCCGCCGGAGCCCCUCUUCACGACCAAGCACUGCUGUAUAUAAACGACCGUAUGUUAGAGAACCAACACAGGCACUGUACUUUAACACACACACACACACAUGCUAGUGAACGAUAAGCACAUGGUCACCCACGCCUCCCUGCUCCAGUAGCCUCCCCCCCCCCCCUCCGUGGCUCCUGGUCGGCGCUACGAUCAAUGAAUGCACAACAAGUUCUCCCUUCCAAUUGUUGCAUGUGUCGUUGUGUAAACGUGUACAUUCAUGCGUGGGCGAUGGGGCAAGGCGCCCCCAGUGUUGGGAGAACACACAUCGAAGCACACGGACGCUGGGAUGGGACGCCUCGGGGCAAACAGGUUUUUUAAGAGAGAGAGAGAGAGAGCGAGAGAGAGAGAGAGAGAGCGAGAGAGAGAGAGAGAGAGCGAGAGAGAGAGAGAGAGAGAGAGAGAGAGAGAGAGAGAGAGAGAGAGAGAGAGAGAGAUGGCGUUGGUUUCAGCAGUUCACAUGACACUGUAUCAGCGUCAUGAAUGAAAAGCGAAGGUCAAACGUAAAGGAAGUGAGGCUGUGGUCACACCCGAGCAAAACUAAUAAACAGAAGACACACACACACACACACACACACACACACACACACAUAGGGGUGUGUGCGUCAGCGGGGCGAGCGUGUCAGUGUGAACACGAGUGACGUGUGUGUGUGUGUUCACAGUCCAAAAAGAAUUUCCGCCUGGAGACUGUGAUCAGAGAGCGAGUGAGUCAGCACGACGUCCUCGGUCUCCUCUGCUUGAGGUUGAGGGGCGUGUGUGCGCGCGUGUGUGUGUGUUUGAGAGGGUGGGAAUAUAAUUAGUCAUCGAUUUGUCCCACCGGUUUUGGGGGGGGGGGGGACUGCCACUGAAUCUCAACCACCCUGGUGAAUCACCUGUGUUUGAGUCCGAACACCCCCCCAAACACCCCACCACCCAAACACCCCACCACCCUUCGCACCGAACACACAAACACAGCAACACACACACCCCUCACGGCGUCCUUGUUUAAACCUGGCCAAUCACGGAUCGGAGGACGGAAACAUGUGCAAACAGACAAAAGACAUCAACAACCCGUGGCGUUCAAUGUACAGUCCUACUGUAGACGAGAGCACAAUGCUGCAGAACCCCUAAAGCGUAGAGCAUGUACUAGUCUCUGUGUUCUGUUUGUGUCCGCCAGUACGGGCCACCUUGUUAUCAGGGCAGCCCGUAUCGAUCUAUAGGACUGCCCCCAUUGUGUCUGAAUCGUGUUGCCAGAAUAUUUUUAAAUAAAGAGCACAUUAUCUUCA